GACUCGCCAUUGCAGCCACAGUGGUUGCCCUCCUUUAACUUCUUGCGCACCAUCGCGCAAUGAUCCGAUCGUACCCGGAAGCGUCGUCCGGACACGCCUUCUGCUGGUACCACUUCGCCUCUCGUUACACGCACCGAUUUAUGCUCUCGCAUCAUUCUCCCAUACUUAGUUCCGGCUCGUUGCCACUCUCACCAGCCACUACGUACCAUCACAAGUUCAGACUUCUUGCCUUCCGAUCCGCUGCAUUUCAGCUGAGCCUUAUUCCCUAGGCCCGUCCAUCAGACGCUAGCGGCAAGUUCUGAGCUUUCAUCUCUCCGACAGUGCGAGUUUUGCAGCGCAGAGACAAUUCUCCAGAUAAAAGUCGACGACUGUGAAGAUUCUGGAAGCUGCAAUGUCGAUCACAACGAGGGCGGCAUUUGUAGCCCUCGUCUCGUUAUUAAGUCUGACGGCAGCGCCGUCAGCCGUUCGCGGGCAAGAAGGCGAUCUGCUCUGCCACUUGCUGCCGGUGGAGCAAUGCGCCUUCGCUGUGGACUCGAACGGAUAUAGGUGUGUCUUGGAGAGGAUUCUGUCCGACGACACUUACAUCUGCCAGACUUCGUCCAUCUCCGUGGGCGAGGAGAGCCCCGUGGAGUACAUCGAGACAGACCACUGCAUCGCAGCGUGCGGUGCCGAGCGGAUGACCGUGGGCUUCUCGACGGACGUGUUCUCCACACGCGGCUUCACGACCAAGUUAUGCUCGCCUGACUGCAGAGACCGGUGCUCCAACCUCGCGGACCUCUACAGCAACAUGGUCGCCGGAGAAGGUGUCACUCUCGCGGAACUCUGCGGCGAGCAUAAACGGAGCAUGCUGAUGAGUGAAUACAGUCACGAGUACUACGAUGACAUGGCUCCCGCUCCCGCUCCCGGCCCUGCUUAUGGCGCCCCUGCCCCUUCUCCUUCAGACUCGGAGUCUGACUGGUACUAAAUGUUCGCAAAGCGAGCCGCUGAGUGGAACUCAAUGCUCAGCUGUCGUCUUGUUGGAACAAAAGGAGGAAAAUUUUGACAUUUUUAUUGUUCAUCGUUAUCAUGAAUCUGAAACGAAUUUAAUUGGCUGUUCAUCUUCACUCACCUCCGCCGCACUAGGAGCAGAAAAAGUGGCGUUUGCAGGACAAUAUUGGUGAAGAAGACUCUUUUUUCUUGGUCAUGCUUCCCAUUUGCGUUCUCGAAUUGUGGCGAGAUGAGGAACUCUUCUCGAGGCGUUAAGCGCCGGUCUGUGAUCAUUCGCUGUUCAUAUGUAGAAAAUUAAUAAAACUUAUGUCAUUUAUUUAUUCGUC